CGUUGCUUAUGGGACUUGGAGGAUGGCCGACGCUCGAAGCCGCCGGGGGCUGCCGCCGGCGCCGCUGCCGCUGCCGCUGCUGCCGCUGCUGCUGCUGGUCCUGUGCCUGUGCGCCGUGGGCCUCGCGAGGGAGGUGGGUCCCGCUCGGGACUUAGAGGUCGCCGCCAGCCACCAUAAGGGGCACCACUCGGAGGAGGAAGGCGGCAAGGAGCACCACCACCAUCAUCACGAGGAGCACGGGGAGAAGGGUCAUAAGGGCCACAAGAGCCACCAUCACCACGACAAGGGCGAGCACGGGGAGCACGACAAGGACCAUCACGAAGGCCAUCACGAGGAGCACGGUGGGCAUCACAAGCAUCACCACGACGAAGAGGGCGAGCACGGCGAGCACCACGAGGAGAAGAAGGGCCACAAGGGCGGCAAGUUCGGGGAGAAGAAAGGCCAUAAGAAGGGCCACAAGACCAGUGGCUACCACCACAAGGUGCACAAGGACGAGUAUCACAAGGAGCACAAGUUCUACGACGACUACCAUAAGGGCGGCCACCACGAGAAGCACGGACAUCACCACGGGCAUCACGGCAGCAAAGAAGGACACCACAAGAAGGGCGGACACCAUCACAAGGGCCAUCACGAGGGUCACAAGGGCAAGAAGGGUCACGCGUCCAAGGGACACCACGACGAAGACCAUAAAGGUCAUCACGGCAAGCACGGACACGAAGAGCAUCACGGUCAUCACGAGAAGCACGAGAAGAAGGGUGGACAUCAUCACGGGAAGAAGCAUCAUUAUAAAAAGGGAUAGACUCGAGGAUGACGAGGAUGACUUGCAAUCACCACUAAAGUGCCACGAUUACAUAACUUUACCUCCUUUUCACACACAUCUUUCUUACGCUCUUAUUUCAUUCUUGUA